UUGUAUACGCCAAUAAAAGAGCUCAUUUUCCAGUUGCGUGUCCAAAAAGUCUCCACUUCUACCAAAGAGGAACCUGAGAACGGUCAUCGCGUCGUUUUAGGUGUUUUCAUCCAUCAGCGCUUCUAUGUGCACAAAAUGUGCCCAUUGAACUAUGUAGUCAAAUAUCUAUGAAUCCCGUAGGUAAUGUGCAUGACUUUUUGGGUCUCUUCUAUGCUAUGUCCACGUUUUAUGUUGAAAGUGGAAUCACUUUUCUAUGGGAUAACUAGAACUGAUAUUCGGCAAAUGGCCUACCAACUGGCUGUUCGAAACAAUAUUAACAAAAUACUUUGUAAAUCUGAAUCUCAACUUUUUGGAAGAGACUGGUUACAAAGAUUCAUGCGGAGACAUAAGGAGAAAUUAUCUACUUGGAAGCUUUUAUCAGUCAAAGCUCAUAGACUCAAAAGAAAGGAUGUCUCUAAGUUUUUCGACACUAUCGAUGAUCUUUGUGUACGCUAUAAAUUUCCUGCAGAAAGAGUCUUUAAUCUAGAUGUAAUAAGUCUGGCCAUUCGACAACAAACUAUUUACAACAUCCUACAAGUCAUAGGUUGUAAAGAAGAAAAACAUGUAAAUGCUCUGAGUACAACUGAAAAAAACUUACUAAUUACAGCAGUUAUUUGCAUGAAUGCAGCAAGCACGUUUGUCCCUCCAAUGAUAAUCUUUCCAAGGCAGAAUAUGAGUCAGAGACUGAUGGCAGGAGCACCACUUGUGUCGAUUUCCGCAUGUCAUCCCUCUGGUUGGAUUCAUACUAAUUUGUUCACAUAGUGAUUUCAACAUUUCAUUAUGAAAGUCAAAUCGAAUGAAAAGUCACCUGUGCUGUUGAUCCUAAAUGGACAUUACAGUUACACAAAGAAUAUUGAUGUUGUAGAAUUAGCUAAAAAACAUCAUGUUUAUUUGAUUAGCCUUCCACCUCACAGUACUGAUAAAAUGCAACCACUGAAUCAUUUAUGGAUAUGCUGAUAACACAUUACAGUAAAGAAAUCCAAAACUGGGAUGACACAAAUGAUAGAAAUUUAAAACCUCGUGAUAUUGUGAAAUUAUUUGGACAAGCUUAUUUAAAAACUCAAAAUGAUGUAAAUGCUGUGAAGGAUUUUAAAGAUACAGGCAUUUUUCCAUCAAACAGAAAUGUUUUUGGUGAUGAUGAUUUUAUUGCUUUAAAUCAUGAGAGUACAGAAAAUGUUCAGUAAAUUGAUCAGCAAGAAGGAUAUAUUAAAAUGGAAUUUUUUGAUGAAUCUGAAUCAGAAGCAGACACUGUUUCACCAAACAGAAACGUUGAUGCUGACUUUAUUGCUGCUAAUCAUGGAAAUGUUCAACUUUAUCAAGAAAAAGAACAUGUUAAAGAGUUCUGUGAUAAACUUGCAGCAGGACUGUCUACAGCUUCAGAUAUUGUGCCUUCUCUUGAUAACGACGUCAACAUCACCAUCAAAACAGAAGAAGACAACUUUAUGUCAGUGUGGCUCCCAGAAUCUGAUUUUUUUACCAAUGAUUGCGAUGUAGUCCAAAAUGCAGUAGAAAUGCAAGGGUUGCAGUAUAUAGUGUGUAAGUUGUAAUAAGAAGUGUGAUUGAUAAGGAUAAAUGUUGUUAUUUUUGAAAGAUUAAAAAAGAAACACGAGAUGGCUAAGAUAGCCACCUCGAAAAGUCGGAAGGUAUGUACCAGA